AUGUUGGCACAAAAUAAACAAGCUUUGAAGAGUUUAUUUGAUCAAACUACUGGUGGAUACAAAAUUUUUCUUAAUAAAGAUCAAAAAAGAGUCAGAGAGUUAGGAAGUAAGGCAUUACUUUAUCUAAAAAAGAUUCCUAACAAGGCGCCCGAACUUUCGUCUGAAGCAAGCAAAGUUUUAAUAGAAUUGGAUAAUGAACUCAGACAUCAUUAUAAUAAUAGUGACCCCGUA